AUGCCAUCGAACAGACAACAACAUUUAAAUACUAAUAGGAAUACAAACCCUUCUAAUUCGACUAAUAAUGACACAAUUGAGCAAACUUUGAAUAGCACCGGCACGGGUAUGUCAGCAAGCGAAAUAAAUGAACUCAAUCAAUCUGGCGACAUAUCACUACAACGACAAAUAAGUAGCGACAACGCUAUCAUUUGCGAAAUUUCUCGUAAAUAUAAAAUAUUACCGGAAACGGCGAAUCAUCUUCGAGGACUUCGAGAUUAUGAAAUCGUGAUUGUGUGCGAUGAUUCUGGUUCAAUGAGAACAGAAGUUGAUGAUACUGAGCGCACUCGGUGGGACGAACUACGCGAUUUCGUUAAAAUUGUACUUGAUAUUGGUGUUAGAUACGAUUCGAACGGUGUUGAUAUUUACUUCCUGAACAGGGAAAAAUUGCUUGGAGUGAGAGAACCGAGAACUGUUGAACAAGCAUUUAGUGAACCUCCAAGUGGCUUGACACCUAUGGUGCCUGUUUUGAAAAAAAUCUUCCAAUCAGAACUAGCACGUCGUGGGCGUGAUAAAAAGUUAUUAGUUUUCGUAGCAACAGAUGGACUGUCCACCGAUGAACAUGAAAAAGAAAAUCCAGAAGAACUUGAACGUCUCAUGCAAGAAGAGCGAAAUGCCAAAACCACCCAUAUUUCCUUUUUACUAUGUACUGAUGAUCCUAGUUGUGUCGAGCGCAUGAAAAAGUGGGAUCAAAUAAUGCAAAAUGUUGAUGUUACCAAUGAUUAUGAGACAGAAAAGCAAAGGAUUCUUGAACACAGUGGAGCUAACUAUCCUUUCUCGCAUGGCGAAUAUGUUGUGAAAGCAUUGGUUGGUGCUAUUGAUCGUUCAGUUGAUGUCAGUGAUGAACCGCAUUGA